UGUCCUAACUUUACAAACGCGGUGUCCUUGUCUGAUCAUCAACUCAAGUGUGCGUGUGUGUGAUUGGCGGCCGGGGAUGGGAGGGUCGCUGGGAAACGUCUGUUUAAACUGUAUACCACUGCAAGGUUCGACCACCAGCCUGACGACCACCCAGACGACGAUGACGACGAUGAUGAAGACGACGCGGUGCGCGCGCCUCCUCGCGGCGGUCGGGACCACGCCGCUCAAACGCGCUUUCAGCCUGGACUCGAGCGCACCGCUGGUGCGCUCGCGGGGCUACGUGCACGGUCGCUGGGUGGGCGCCCCUCAGGACUUCCCGGUUUUGGACCCGGCCACCGGCACCGAGAUCGCGCGAGUAGCCGACUGCGGUCCGGAAGAGGCCAAGCGUGCCGUGAACGCUGCCUACGAAGCUUUCCGACUGUGGAAGGACGUCACGGCCAAGGAGCGCAGCACCCUGCUGAGGAAGUGGGCCAACCUGAUGACGGAGCACAAAGACCAUCUGGCCACCAUCAUCACCUUUGAAAGCGGCAAACCCAUGAAAGAGGCCCUGAGCGAAAUUGCCUACUCGGCAUCCUUCCUGGAGUGGUUUUCGGAGGAAGCGCGUCGGGUGUACGGCGACGUGGUGCCGUCACCCUUCAAGGAUCGCAAGAUCCUCCUACUCAAGCAGCCGGUGGGCGUGGUUUCCAUCAUCACGCCGUGGAACUUCCCGAGCGCCAUGAUCACAAGGAAGGUCGGCGCCGCACUGGCCACGGGUUGUACCGUCGUGGUCAAGCCAGCCGAGGACACGCCCCUUUCUGCGCUCGCCCUGGCCGAGCUGUCGUCCCAGGCGGGCCUCCCGGCGGGCGUGUUCAACGUGGUCCCGUGCUCCAGGGAGCAGACGCCAUCGGUGGGGCGCGUCUUGUGUACCGACCCGCUGGUGGCCAAGAUCUCCUUCACGGGCUCCACCGCCACCGGCAAGGUUUUGCUGAAAAUGGCCGCCGACACAGUCAAGAGGGCCUCUAUGGAGCUGGGCGGUCACGCCCCCUUCAUUGUCUUUGACAGUGCGGAUGUGGACAAGGCAGUGCAAGGAGUCAUGGCCUCUAAGUUCAGGAACUCGGGACAGACGUGCGUGUGCUCCAACCGUUUCCUGGUGCAGAGCUCCAUCUAUGACAGGUUCAUGGCCAAACUGGGCGCCGCCAUGGACCGAGAGCUGAAGAUAGGACACGGCAGCGAGCCGGACACCACGCAGGGGCCGCUCAUCAACAACAGGGCAGCGGACAAGGUGGUCCAUCAGAUGGAGGAUGCCCUCUCUCGCGGGGCCCGGCUCUUGCGGGGCGGUCAACGUCUUCACGGCUCUUUUGUGGCCCCCACGCUGCUGGCGGACGUCAGCGCCGACAUGUUGUGCAUGCAAGAGGAAACCUUUGGGCCGCUUGUGCCUGUCGUCAGGUUUGACACAGAGCAGGAAGCGCUCGCCAUCGCCAAUGCCUCCCGAGUGGGUCUAGCAGGUUACUUCUACUCGUCGGAUGUGUCUCAGAUCUGGCGAGUUGCUGAGGCUUUGGAGGUCGGUCUGGUGGGGGUCAACGAGGGUCUGCUAUCCACCCCGGAAGCCUCAUUUGGGGGGGUCAAGGAGUCCGGUCUGGGUCGCGAGGGCUCAAAGUACGGCGUGGACGAGUACCUGGACGUCAAGUACGUCUGCUUGGGCGGCCUGUCUCUAACCGGCUAAAGGGGAUUGUCAAACGGCAAACCCAAAAAUGUGCCAUAAAUGAUCUGCUGUGAUUGGGCGAGGGGAGGCUAAAGCUAAUUAUAGCGCGUGAUCUUUGUUCAUCCUGCCAUUUUGUCCUGUAGCAUGAAAGUUAGCGUAGCAUCAUCUCAAAUUACGCCCGGGGAGCCAAUUUGUGUCGCGCGUUAAUUUAUUAAUCCAAUAUUGCCAACCCGUGACUAGAUGAUGUGACGCUUCUGCCAUCCAAUCGGGAGAUACUAUUUUCCCUUUGUAGUCACUCACUGAAAUGAUGAAAAAAAAAAGAAGAAAAAAAGCACAAUGUGAGGUGAAAACAAAUGAGAUUGACAUGUCAUGAAGAUUUGCAUCACGCUUAUAUGAACGUAUAUGCUGUUUGACAAUGUUCUCAUUCAUGUCAGCAGGAUGAUGAGCACAUGAUAUCAUCCUUUCCGUCUAUUGAUCCUAAAUGUGAAAUAGUUUGUCGUUGUCCUUUGGAAAAUAACUUUGUUUCUAUUCUAAUAAGAUGAAUAAAACAUUUCAUACAAUCAGCA